AUGGAUCGAUGGGCACCAAUUGCUCCACGGCGCAUUGCGCCGAUCAUUUCUACACUCACGAAAGAUAAUGGCGCUUCCGCACACGAUCCAGACGACGAGAUCCCUAGUAUCCGUGGGUUAUCCAGGAGGGUCAUGCUCCGAAUUCUCGAUUUUGUCCCAGUGUCAGAUUUGACUUCUGUUGCACUUGCAUCGCGCGAGUGCUGGAAUUUGGUGUGCCAAGAAAAACUGUGGAAGUGGCGCUGGGACAGAAUACAUUGGCAGAAGAUGGAAUCGCUGCCCGAUGCGCUUCUCGAUGCACCACCCGAACCCAUACCCAUGCCUGCUACGCGUACAAGGAAGGACCCACCACCGAUAUCCGGACAACCAAGUGCAGCCUCGUCCAAAGUGGUUGACUUGCUCGCUGACCUCGAUUGGGAUCCACCAUCAACUCUUUCUCCUACCCCGAAGCCAUACUCUCGACGAGUCCAGCGUGCCUACCAUGUCUUACGACCCUUCCUACGAUCUUUUAUGAAUGCACCAUCUACGACAUCUUCUUGGCUUUUUACAAAAAUUCCCAAUGUGACUGAUCAAUGCAAAUUCUUAUGUACUUUAGCGCGCUUUGCCUCCGAACAUGUACAAGGCGUGCCUUCACCGGGUCUGGAGGAUGAAGUUGCAGUGCGUGCCAAGUUGCGUCUCGCUUCCAUGGCGCUGAGCACCCAAUUACGCACUGCAUAUGAAGCCAAUGAGGCCAGUUACACCGACUCUGCUUCUUCUAGCGAAGCACUUCAGGCGAUGAAGCUGUACGCAGCUUUAGCAUGGGACCUGCGUCUUAUUGACGAAGUCCUUGGAUCGACUUCAACAACCACACGUCCCUCACUCCCGCAUGCUGCCAAACUGCAUGAUCUUGGUGGCAACGCGGUGGCGCAAGCAUUCGUGAGCUCGCGUCCAAUCUUAAAUGAGCGUAUGCCACACAGCCCGCAUGACGUGGUGGAUCAUCAGGGCGUAUUUCAUUUACGACCAUUACAAAAGUUUGCUCAGCAUCUUGAGCGCGAAUUGACAGAUGAAUGUGCUUUAAUACAGGCGGUGUUCCCAGCGGCUCAGCCCGUCGAGAUUGUGUUCAUCGAAAGGGUUGUGCAUGAGAUUGUUGCUGACUACUUGGCAAAUACUUUGCAGGAAGCACGAAAUGCACCACCGGAAGUGUAUUUGCAAGUAUUUGUGCAAUCUUUGGUCGAGAUGCAGCGUCUCACAUGUGUGUCUGGCAUAUCAGAUCCGGACACGACGAAGGCCGUCAUCUGUCAUGUUUGGCUUCAGCAUAUGGACGAAUAUGUUUUGCUAGAGCUAGCAUGGCAACACCAGCAUUUGAAGGAUGUUUGUGAUAGGUGGCUGCGGGACUUGGACAGUAUGCUGCAGGAGGCAUCGGACGCAGCGUCAUCGAUGCCCUUAACGCCACAUUCGGCCGCAGACAAGCGCUCGUUCAUGGCAAACUUUACGCGUGCUCUGCUUUUGCCCGCUGUGAGCAGAGAGCAAACGAAGCAAGUAUCUUCGCGCGCAUCUUCAUUUGAAGCCGAGUCGACACAAGGGUACGCUGGAUUGGGCCAUGCGCCCUUGGGGAUCGGAGAAGAAAAUGACGACGAUGACGAUGACGAGUGGCAAGCUGUAAGUCGACAAGUAAAUGGCCACGACCAUGAACAUGAUGAUGCUACUUCUACGUCUGCUCACGCACAAAGUGUUGAAAGCCAGCGACGCAAAUCUCAGUCGCACCGCUUAUCAAUGUCCUCCCUUCUCAAUGUUGAGACAGCUGUGGAUAUGGUAAACAUUACGCGUGUGUCGCUUCAGCGACUCGAUCUUGUGCGCAAGACAAACUCGGAGUUGCGUUCCCGUGCACAAGCCACUAUUGUCCAGGCUUUGGUCCAACUGUACGCUUCCAUCAAUGACGAGCACAUGACGCCCGGAUUCCGCACAGCUCGCGAACAGAUUGGCGCUUACAAUCCAGCGCAGCAUGACCGCACCUCAAGCUCAGGAAGCAUCCGUCAUGGUCAAGCAGCCGACCAAGUGGGGCCAUUGCUUCUUUUUUUCGAGCUCGUCCAUAUUGGUGAUACUAUUCAGCAGAUGACCCAAGUGUUCUUCGAGCCUGUGCGUGAGAAGCGCCGCUUUGAGAAUGAUCUUGACGAGCAUGUCGCUGCUGGGCUUAGCGCUGGAGUUGAGCUGCUUGUACAACAACUUGAAUACAUUGUUCUGACUCACCAAAAUCCACGCGACUUUUACCCAGAGCUAGAGGCGUACGUGGAUGUUUCACAACCAACAGCCGCGUGUGUUGAAUGUUGUGAGACGAUGCGCACAUAUUGUCACUUGCUAGCUACGUGUGCAGACAAGGCUCUGCUUGAUGUAUUUUACCAGGAGAUUGGGUUCCGGCUUUAUUCAGUUCUGUGCAAGCACUUGAAGCGGCAGAUCAUCUCGACAUUGGGCGGUGUGCGCGUGAUUUCUGAUCUGAAUCACUACUUUCAUUUCAUCGAGACGCUGGAACAACCAUCCCUUCUCACUCUCUUUGGUGCUCUGAAACGCGUAGCUUCAUUGUUUAUUAUUGAUGAGCCCAAAGAGCUUGCAAAACUCGUCCAAGACACAACACUCAGCAAUGGAACAAUGCGUCCUGAGGAAAUGUAUGAGUUUUUGCGUGCGCGUUGCGACUUUAAAACGAUCGAGAGCAAUGUCGAUGCUGAAAUGUAUGGCAUCAAAAUUCGCGAAGACUGCAUUGUAUCCUAA